CCGGCACAACUGUCAACAUGGCGAGCGCGGAGGUGGACGAGCUGUUCGACGUCAGGAAUUCCUUCUCCAUCGGGAAUUACCAGCACUGUAUCAACGAGGCGCAGAAGCUACAGGUCAGCUCACCAGAGCUGCGACUGGAGAGAGAUAUCUUCCUCUACCGCGCUCUCAUAGGUCAGCGCAAGUAUGGAGUGGUUCAGAGUGAAAUAAAGGCAUCAGCUCCACCUCCACUGCAAGCUUUAAAGUUGCUGGCUCAGUACUUCCAGUUUCCCAGCAACAGGGUAACCAUCGUGAACGACCUGGAGUCUCAACUGAGCGGCAAUGUCGAUCUGUCCAACACCGCCCUCCUCAUUGUGGCUGCAACCAUCUACUGCCAUGAGGAUAACUAUGAGGGAGCUCUUCGUGCCCUCAGUCAGUCAGAUGCCCUUGAGUGCCGUGCCUUGAUGGUGCAGACUUACCUUAAGAUGGAACGUCUUGAUGCUGCCCGGAAGGAGCUGAAGACUCUCCAAGAGAAGGAUGAUGAUGCAACACUCACACAGAUGGCUCAGGCUUGGACCCACAUUGCAACGGGAGGAGAGAAAUUGCAAGAUGCCUACUACAUUUACCAAGAGUUGUUGGAUAAGAAUGUCAGCACAGCCCUUCUCCUGAAUGGCCAGGCAGUGUGUUUCCUUGGCCAGGCAAAAUACGAAGAGGCCGAGAGUGCCCUUCAAGAAGCACUCGAUAAGGACCCGAGCAACCCUGACACCCUCAUCAACUUGAUGGUCCUUGCACACCACACAGGGAAACCGCAGGAGGUUGCCAACCGAUAUUUAGUGCAGUUGCGAGACGAACAUAAGGGCCACAAGUUCGUAGAAGACAUCACAACCAAGGAGGAUGAUUUCAACCGUUUGGUUAAGCAGUAUGCAGCAUAAACAGUGGUUCUUGAUACAUAUAAUCAUUCACUCUUCCCUUCUGAUAUAUUUUUGUGAACACUUUUAUUUUGAAAGAUAAUUCAUAUAGAGCAUAUGUAAAAAUCCUGUGUAUUUGUUUUGAGAUCAUUGUUUUUCUUUAUCUUUAUUUUAUUGUAGAUUUUUUUAAAGAUAUUUCAUUACUAUAACAAAAACUGAGGACAUGUUUUACGGAUGGCUAAGGAAAUAUUGGCAUUUUGUGCCACAUUCCAAAAUAGUGUGUUGUUAUAUUUAUGAAUAAAAUGUAAAACUAAA